AUGAUAGAUCUUGGAGGAAACCUUAGUAGUGGAAUAGUUUCUCUCACCACCGCCACUCAUCCUCACUCCCUUGAUUUUGUCCACCGUGCCUCCGACCGCAUUUCGUCCUCUCUCUUUUUCUUAUCUCAGCCUCUCAACAAAUCCCACAAAUCUGAUUCCGCCGCCGUGACCAGCGUUUCGUUUUCGUCGACUUCGAGAGUUCRCGGCYGAAGAACCCUCCGAGUUAAAUCUGGGCUUAUCGAUCCCGACGGUGGGAAGCUAGUGGAGCUUGUGGUGUCAGAGCCGCGACGAAGGGAGAAGAAACACGAAGCGGCAGAUUUGCCGAGAGUGAGAUUGASRACGAUCGAUUUACAAUGGAUGCACGUUUUGAGUGAAGGUUGGGCAAAUCCACUUCGUGGGUUUAUGAGGGAAUCUUAG